AUGCUUCCUUUGCUUGCAUUGCGCACUGCGUAUAACGCAGAUGAUGAUAACAUAUGGUUCCCAAUUCCAACGAAGUUAGGACUCUUACGUAUUGGAAUUGAUAAGAACGAUGCAGAAGAUGAUGACAACUGGUAUGUUGGUCUCUCAUACCACUCACCAUGGGGAAAGUUCUCAAUCGGAUAUCAUAGCAACGAAGAAGAAGAUGAUGACGACAACUGGUACGUAGGAAUCUCAUACCACUCACCAUGGGGAAAGUUCUCAAUCGGAUAUCAUAGCAACGACGAAGAAGAUGAAGAUGACGAAAACAUCAGACUUUGGGCCGAUUUGGCUACAAAGAUUGGACGUUUCUCCUUCGAGUACCACAACUCCGCCGAAGAAGACGACGAAAACAUUCGCUGGACAUGGGGACCUGUUGAUUUCGAUCUCGAGCUCAAUGGUGACAAGAAGGUCGCACAGAAGAAGCCAGUCAGAAUCAACAAAGCUUUAUUAAAGCGCUGGUAUGAGAAGUAUGGACGCCGUGCUUUCCCACGCAUGUACAAGAAGCAUUCUUUACCAAAAUUUUCUUCAAAGAAACAAGUAGUUCCAAAUUUUGCUCCAUUAAUUAAUUUACUCUAUAAGCAAUCAUGGUAUCCUCAAUGGCUAAAACCACGUUAUUGA